AUGUCUCCCAUAACCCCAGCAUUGAACAAAAACUGUGAGACCAAAGUGUCUCCCAUAACCCCAGCAUUGAACAGAACAUCAUUGAAUAGAAUCUGUGAGACCAAAGUGUCUCCCAUAACCCCAGCAUUGAACAGAACCUCAUUGAACAGAACCUGUAAGACCAAAAUGUCUCCCAUAACCCCAGCAUUGAACAGAACCCGUAAGACCAAAAUGUCUCCCAUAAACCCAGCAUUGAACAGAACCUCAUUGAACAGAACCUGUAAGACCAAAAUGUCUCCCAUAACCCCAGCAUUGAACAGAACCCGUAAGACCAAAAUGUCUCCCAUAAACCCAGCAUUGAACAGAACCUGUGAGACCAAAGUGUCUCCCAUAAACCCAACAUUGAACAGAACAUGUGAGACCAAAGUGUCUCCCAUAACCCCAGCAUUGAACAGAACAUCAUUGAACAGAACCUGUGAGAUCAAAAUGUCUCCCAUUAUCCCAGCAUUGAACCUGUGA